AUGUCUUCUCAUGUCUCUCAGAAAGAAGCUAGACCGACGGAUAUCAGUUAUCCCAGAUGGUUUGGCGGGUCUGCUUCAUGUAUGGCGGUGUUGCUUUCGCAUCCUUUCGAUCUCAUCAAAGUUCGAAUGCAGACGGUACAAAAUGGCGCCAAAGAGGGGUUUCUUCGAACUGGACUUCACAUUGUCCAAAGUGAGGGAACGAGAGGGCUAUAUCAUGGUCUCUCUGCUGGCUUCAUGAGAUCAUUAACCUAUGGAACCUCUCGAAUUGCUCUCUACGAAGAGCUGAAACUGUCGGCAAAAAAGUCGGACCAACCUCUUACAGUCCCAAGAUUAGCUAUAAUGGCGGCAGUCUCAGGAUUUGCAGGCGCCAUAUUCGGCACACCAUCAGAUAUUGCUAACGUGAGAAUGCAAAAUGACCGCUCACUAGCGGUCCAACACCGUCGCAACUACAAAAACGUCUUCGAUGCAUGGAUUCAAAUGAAGCGCCAUGAGGGCUGGAGGGCGUUUACUCAGGGACUUUGGACAAACUGCUUCCGUUCUGGAAUCAUGACCGCGAGUCAGCUGGCCUCCUAUGAUGCAUUCAAAAGAUUGCUGCAAAGCGUCGCCAAAACCAAUGAAGAGAGACCUUUGAUUCACUUCGGUGCGUCUGUACUGGCUAGCUUGGUUGCGACAUCAAUCUCGAGCCCUAUGGAUGUGAUUAGGACCCAAUUGAUGAGUUCUUCCCAGAAGAAAUCUGUCUUGAAUAUCGUGAGGCAGCUUACGCGGGAGGAAGGCUUCCGAUGGCUGUUCCGGGGCUGGACUCCUAGUUUUAUCCGAUUGGGACCUCAGACAAUCGCUACAUUGGUGGCUUUGGAGCAGCAUAAACGGAUUUAUCGCUUAGUUAAGACAGGAAAAGACUAG